CUCAUAUAGAUUUGUGUACUUAUCUUACCUUACCUACCAAGUAGCCAUGAUUUCAGUCGCAACUCAAACCGCAAUCGAGAGUAAGCCUAGUGAAAGUGAUAAGCUGGCACGAUCUAAAACUCCCGCCCAUUUACCAGUUAUCUUCUCCACUUUGCCUACUGAGCUGCGCGAAUGCAUUUACCACUACCUCCUGCCCUCAACACUGACUUCGCUAUACCCACUGCCUCCAUUUCUCGGCCUCAAUUUGACUGCAGAUCUAACCUACAACAUCCUCCACAUUAACAAAUCCACGCGCAUAGAUGCAGGUUUCUACUAUCUACGCAGCCGGUGCUUUGAGAUACGCAGUCCGGAGCAGGGUGCUUACUUUGAAAGGUACCUGACUUCGUUUCCGGACAUGCAAGGAUACGGGACCGUUCGUCGGCUCUGCUUUCCAAGAUUCUCCGAUCUUUCAUUGGAUAACGACGGGCGCAGUAUUUAUAUGGAUUUGAUCAAGCGGUGUGCUGAACUUCUGAAACCGAACUUAGGAUUCUUCCCACAAGAUCUGCUGCAUGAUCCUCGCUCGGGUAUGUGGCACACGAACCGGAGGACCAGAAUCGCUGUUUCAAGAGAGACAGCGUGGUUGUCAGUCGAUAGGGCUGUGUUAGGGUGUCAGAUGAAAAGCCUGCUGGAGCUGAAGAGGCUGAUGCGCGUGAAUUUAGUCGUACGUCAGGCAAGACCCCUCGUCAGAGAUUCGAUGCAGCAGGCGCGAGACACCGGCCCGGAUCAGCUCAUGGCUCAGGUGUGUGACUGGUUGCGGGAAGCCUUCUCUCAAUGUGGUACACCCGUAGUGGUUGUGAUGGAGAGCGCAGUGUAGCAGAAUCUGUCGGAUAAAUCAAUUCUUU